GCCAGAGCCUCCAGACCCAUCCCGACUGCACUCACACCCCAAUGCCUCCCCGGUAGCCCUUCUGAUACCUAGAUAUCUGGCAAAUAUCUAGGCGACAUGUCGUACACUCAGCGCGAGACUCCGAUUCUUGCGGAGCUCUGCACCUUUCUUGUCGAGGACAUGUAUGGUGAGCUUGCAGCGCGCGUCUUCUCAGUCCUCGCGCGCUUUGGCCGGCAGCGCCGCGUCGAGAUUUCCAAGGCUUCCUACCUCAGUUCGAGCCAGAUCAGCCUUGGUCUAGUCAUCUUGACUCAGCAGCACCUCGUCUUCCACUCGCCCUCGACCGAGGCCACCGUCUUCUACGAUAUUGACUGGCAACAGUCGUAUGCGCUCGUCCGGCACGCAAAGAUCGCCCAUUUCGUAGAGGAGCGCUUCAACAAGAAGUCUGCGAACGUCAUCUCGAACCUGCUUACAUUGGGACACACCUCGCUGGCAGAUUUGCGAGAUGCAUACUUCCAACCGUCACAGCAAGAAGAGGGGGCAGUGAAUGGCAAGAAGCCGAAUGGGAUAAAAGCCAAUGGAGACACGACCAUCAAUGGCCAAACUUCCUUGGUGAACGGGACGGAGCAUGAUGACCACGAUGACGAGACGCUAGCAUCCCCGGAAGAGCUCUAUGGCAUCAUCCAAACCCUCAUGGAACACGGCUGGGUUAUCCAGGUUGCAGAGGCGCAGUACCUGUCUGCUGAAGACAUGCACAACAUUGCGCGGCAGCAAGCUCUCAACGACCAAUGGGGCGGUUCCGUUCCCACUGGCACCAAAGACAAGGACCGCCUUGCACAGCUUAUCAUGGCGAACAAGCGUCGCACUCGCGAUGCAUGGCUGGAAGUACCAAACUUUUCAUCUAGAAAACGAAAGGCCAAUGAGUCCGACUAUGGCUCCAGCAAGCGCACGAAACUUAACGGAGAGGGUCAAUACGGCAGUGCUGGCAGUUAUCAUCACUCCCCCGAGGACGACUUGGUCAUUCGCGUUAACCCAGAGAAGGCAGCUGUGGCAAUGCGCAAUGAAUAUCUCGUGUCUCUGGUCGAGCAGCGCAUCAGCUACACCACUGCCCGCGUCUACGAGAUAUUACUACGAUCGCUAGAAAAGAAUAUACCUCGUUGCUUUGAGGAACACCCAGACCCGCCACCUGCGAACAUAGAAGACCAGCCACAAUGGGAGCCCAAUCCCGAUCACGUAGUCAACACCAAGGACAUUGCCCAGCGGGCCAAGAUACUUGGGUUGGACAUCUGCAACGGGCUGGAUCCGGCCGCCGUCGCUCGCGUAACCAAAACCACGUCGAAUGACAAAGGUGUGCUUGCGCAGCCUGUGGAUCAUUCGUCAUUGAGUUUUCAUGAGCGCUCAGAGAUUGUCGAGGCCCACCUCCGCCUGCUCGUGGAUCACCCUUUGCAUUUCGUUAAUUGGCAUGCACGCGGUCAAUACAGAGUUGACUUUGAUCUGAUGGCAAAAAGCUUGAUUCAGCAGGAGAUUGAAAACACCGUACUAGCGAGGAAAAGCACCGUGGCAAUGAAGCUUCUCCGCGCACUUAAAAAGAAGGGGAAGCUGGAUGAGCGCCAAUUGUGCAAUACUAUGAUGGCUUCCGCCAACGACAUUCGAGGCAUCGUAAACGAUCUUACUGUCCAAGGUUUUGUGCAGACGCAGGAGAUUCCCAAAGUCGACAGGCGAGAGGCAAAAUUGUCCUUGCAUCUUAUCUGGUAUGACAUGCAGCGUGCUCGCGAAAAACUUCUGCACGAUACCUACAAAGGCCAAGUCAGGAUUCUGCAACGUAUCGCCUUUGAGCGGGAAAAGAUCCAGGAACUGCUGACCAAGGCGAACCGUACCGACGUAGCUGGCAACGAAACCAAGUACCUCAAGCAGACCGAGCUUGACGACCUGAAGAAGUGGAAAGAAGUGCAGGAGAAGUUGUUACUGCAGCUUGCCAGGCAGGAUGACCUUGUCGCGGUUCUGCGGGACUAUUGUGGACCUUUGCUCACCGCGUGAGACCUUUUUCUUACCCCAGACCACGCAACACAGCGGUCCCGACACUUGAAAACAUGUUCCUUCAUUGCCUCCGUGGUGGGCGUGUAUCAUUAUUCCGAGAUGGGCGGCGUUCUGAAUGUGUGGCUGCACAUUGCGACAUUUGAAUUUUUCUACGAAAAGCAUCAGGUGCAGGAAAUAUACCCAAGCAUGGACGGAGUUGUACCUCUCUCUUGUGUAGCUUUAGCAGAUAGGGGUAGUCACUCUGUACAGAAUUCACAUU